UACAAGAAGGAAUGAAAAGCAAUGUGGAGAAUAUCUCGGAUUCAGAGUUCAACGUCUUUGAAUCUCCUCAACGCUAUCCAGCAACAACAGACGCUGUUAUUGAACGGUGCUAUAGCAGAAGUUCGAGUUUUAGUAGCGUUUUUUUCAAUGAAAGUUGGGGUGGUCUUCCAUUAAAGAUGAAUGAUUCCGAGGAUAUGUUGAUUUACAGUGCUUUGAGUGAGGCGGCGAACUCCGGCCCGAGUGCACCCAACGAGACUGAUUUAAAAACGGUGCCCGGAGCUGUUGGGAACUCUUUUCAGGUGGAGGCGGAGGCGGAGCAGCUGAGGGGGAUGCUUUUUAGAGGGGUGAGAAGAAGGCCGUGGGGAAAGUAUGCGGCGGAGAUCAGAGACAGUGGGAAGAAAGGUAGGAGGAUUUGGCUGGGGACUUACGAGACGCCCGAAGAUGCUGCAUUGGCUUAUGAUAAAGCGGCGUUCGAAAUGCAUGGGGCUAAGGCCAAACUGAAUUUCCCCCAUUUGAUUGGAACUAAUUGUUGUUGGGAGCCGAUUAGAGUCGGCCCAAGGCGCCGCUCGUCGGUAAUGCCGAUGAAGAGGAAGAGUAGUGAAAGUAACACUGAGGCGGAUGCAAGCUUAGAUGCGGAAGGUUAUGAUUUAAAAUAAUAGUUGAAACAAGCCUAGAGAGAAA